UUGAGUGAGCGGCUCGGACCAUUGCUCGCGGCGGGCGGGGGGGGCGCGGGCGAGGCGGAGGAGGAAGGAGCCGGCGAAGGAGGCGGGGGGGCGGUUUAAAGGGACAAGAGCCGUGCGGGUGCCGGCGGGGGAAGCCGGAGCGGCGGCGGGCGGGGACUCGCCCCCUUCCCCACACACGCCCGCUCGCACCGCGGCCGGGGUCGCCGCCGCCAGCGCCCCCAUCCCCUCCCUUCCCCUCCGCCCGCCGCUUCCACAGCGGCCUCUAUGAGGUAGAAGGGAGCGGCGGCCACUCCGGGGGCGGCAGCGGCCGCUACAGCCGCCGCCUCCUCCUUCUCCUCGCCUCAGAGCGCCCCAUCUUUGUGUGUGCGGGAGAAGGGCGGGAGGGAGUGCGCGCUGCCCGCCCGCCGCGCUUUGUUCGGAGCCGGGGGGCCGUGGCGGAGCCCCGGCUCUAUGUGCCAGCGGCUCCCCGGCGGCGGCGGCGUGAGGGGCCGGAGCCCCUGAGGGCGGGGGGGCCCCGGCCCGUGUCGGUGCUGCGGGGCGGGGGAAGGGGCCGGCUCGCUGCCCGCCGGCCCGGCCCGUGUGCGGGCGGAUUGAUGUGGGGGGGUCUGACAUGAGUCCGCCGGCGGCCGGGUGCUGCCAUGUGACCGGCUUCAAGGUGGAGAACUGGAAGCAGAACCUGCGGGCGAUUUACCAGUGCUUCGUGUGGAGCGGCUCGGCCGAGACCAGGAAGCGCAAGGCAAAGUCGUGCAUUUGUCAUAUGUGUGGUGCCCACCUGAACAGACUCCACUCUUGCCUCUACUGUGUCUUCUUUGGCUGUUUUACAAAGAAACAUAUUCACGAGCACGCGAAGACAAAGCGACACAAUUUAGCCAUAGACCUUUUGUAUGGGGGUAUAUACUGCUUUAUGUGUCAAGAUUACAUAUACGACAAAGACAUGGAACAAAUUGCCAAAGAAGAACAACGAAAAGCUUGGAAAUUACAAGCCUUCACCCCAACAGUGGUUUCUCACUACCAGUGUACAAUGACAGGCAUUGGAGAGAAGUAUUCAACAUGGGAGCCGACCAAGAGAGAGUUAGAAUUGCUACGACACAACCCCAAGCGAAGAAAAAUAACCACAAACUGCACCAUAGGUCUACGAGGGCUAAUCAAUCUUGGGAACACAUGUUUUAUGAACUGUAUUGUCCAGGCACUUACCCACACUCCACUGCUGCGAGAUUUCUUCCUCUCCGACAGGCACAAAUGUGAAAUGCAAAGCCCCAGCUCAUGUCUGGUCUGUGAAAUGUCUACGCUUUUUCAGGAGUUUUACUCUGGGCACCGAUCUCCUCACAUUCCAUAUAGGUUAUUGCACCUGGUAUGGACUCACGCACGGCAUUUAGCAGGGUACGAGCAACAAGAUGCACACGAGUUCCUCAUUGCUGCAUUAGAUGUGCUACACAGACACUGCAAAGGUGAUGAUAAUGGGAAGAAGGCCAACAACCCCAACCACUGUAACUGCAUCAUAGACCAAAUCUUCACAGGCGGACUGCAGUCGGAUGUUACCUGUCAAGUCUGCCAUGGCGUUUCCACGACGAUAGACCCGUUCUGGGACAUCAGUUUGGAUCUGCCAGGCUCCUCCACCCCCUUCUGGCCGCUGAGUCCGGGCAGCGAUGGCAGCGUGGUCAACGGGGAAAGCCACGUGUCGGGCACCACCACCCUCACAGACUGCUUGAGAAGGUUUACAAGGCCAGAACAUCUAGGAAGCAGUGCCAAAAUCAAAUGUAGUGGUUGCCAUAGCUACCAAGAAUCUACCAAACAACUCACUAUGAAGAAGUUACCCAUUGUGGCCUGUUUUCAUCUCAAACGGUUUGAACACUCAGCCAAACUGAGGCGGAAGAUCACUACGUAUGUCUCGUUUCCACUGGAGCUGGACAUGACGCCUUUCAUGGCUUCCAGUAAAGAGAGCAGAAUGAACGGGCAGUACCAGCAGCCGACGGAUAGUCUAAACAACGAUAAUAAGUAUUCCUUGUUUGCAGUAGUUAAUCACCAGGGAACCUUGGAGAGUGGGCACUAUACCAGCUUCAUCAGGCAGCACAAGGACCAGUGGUUCAAGUGUGAUGAUGCCAUUAUCACCAAGGCAAGCAUUAAGGAUGUGCUAGACAGUGAAGGAUAUUUGCUGUUCUAUCACAAACAGUUCCUGGAGUAUGAAUAGCCUUAUCCAGCAGCUUGUCAGAUGUAAACAAGGAAGAAACAACUCAAGCCUUCUGAAUCGACACACAAACCUACCUGAAAUGAAAAGACCCAUUACAAACCAACUCGCACUGAGCUGUAACAGGACCUACUUGACACUGACUCACAGCCUGGAGAGUGAGAAAUGAACAAUGUCCAACGUGUGUGCAGUCCCACGAGGACAGAAAGGGGGAAAAGAGGCUGCAGUCAGUCACUUAACAGAGGAAAUAUAAAAUGAAAGGAAUGCUCUGGGUGGGGGAAAUGGGAGCAGAGGAGUCCGGGCACUGGUACAUCUCCUGUGUUCCUCCAAAAAUGUGUGUGGGAAGGCAAAGGAUUCUACCCUCAUCUCCAUAAAGCAUCUUCUCCAUUUGGUGCUUCAGCUCCAACGACCAAUCAUAUAACAGUUAAAAUUAAAAAUCCAAACCCAUUUUUUUAUGCAUAUGGGUCUGAAAGCAGUAGAGUGGAGGAGGAGGGGAUGAGACAACUAAAGGACUUUGCAAGUAUCUUUUUAUUUGUGAAUUUUAGUUAUUAAAUAAAUACAGUAUGAAACUAUUAGGCUCUUUUUUUUCCAACAACCAUAAAAGAAAUCCUGGAUUGUGGGACUGAAGCUGCAGUACUCAGACAGGUUUUCAAGCAUGCCUGCUUGCACAGGUAAUGUUCAAUGCCAUCGGACUGCUCAUCCAAAAGCAUCAGCACAGAUUCUGUUGUUUGAGCCCUUUUUUGUUUUGUUUUCUAUAAAUAGCUAUUUUCUUAAUUUUUUUCCUUUUAUUCCCUUUUUUCACGAGAAUGAAAUUCAUAAAUGCAACCAUCAGUAAAAAUGAAUGAAUUGGUGUGUUUAUACUG